AAAGGGGGAAGCCCGUUCCUGUUUCCCCCCUGACGCCAGCUUUCUGUUGAUUUUUCACCGAGCGAGCCGCCCGGACUUGGGCAAGGCAUGGGACAAGCGGUCAUCGGCUUGCCCAGGCACAGGGCACUAGAACAAGCAGGUGAAGGAUUUUUACUUUCAACAUGACACGGGCGAGGUCAAGACGUGCAGCGUGCUAACCAAAGCAGCAGCGAUCAUGACUAGCAGAUUCUACGAACAUUCUAUAUCGACCGAGUAGAUCAGAUCGUCAAGCAGAGAGCGUAUUUUAGGAAAAUGGUCGACGAUGUGUCAAAGAGGGGACCGUGUCCAUCAUUGCUGAUCAUGCUGCCUUUAGCAACACCACAACGUGGUGGGCGGGCAUUGUCUUGCCCUACGCGCCAACAAUCCCUGAACCUUUGUGAAUGGGUUGUGCAAUUUCCCCUGAUGAGCUGCUGCCCAAGCUGCAGGGGCUAAGAACCUUAGUGGCUUUGGCGGCGCUGGUCCAACGUCUGGUUGGCUGCGGCCAGGGCUUAGGUUACAUCCUGGAGCCUCGUUCUGCAGAUGCAACAGGUCAUUCUUUGUCACAGACCAUCGUGGACAGAAUAUUCUCUGGGACUUGUGCGAAAAGUCUAUCCUAUGCACGGCUUAGGUAUGAUGCGUUGGGAACAGUCUUUUUUCCAUGUCUUUUUCCCAUCUUCUUUUUGCGUCGGUGAUCUGUCCAUCGUGGAUCACAGCAACCAGAAGCCCGCUCCGUGACAGACAGAAAACGCUGCUGGAGCCUCGCCGUCGAACAAACGGGCCAAGACCAAGGAUUUCUUCGGUGGUUUUGUGCCUGCCCGCCCACCACUUCUCAGCGGGCUUGUACCUGCAGAACCACCACACCCACAUCUGGCCGGCGCUAUGCCUGUUCCUGCGUCGCAUGCCACCAAACAAACUGAGAAUCUCCACUGCGCCGAUGCUCUAAUUGGUGCAGACAUCGAGCCGAGCAUCCUCCACUAGAGCUUCUGACCACUAGAUGCGCUCGGCGUGACCCGCACUACUCCUCUCUAUGCACGCUGUGAUUACAUGCGAACCACGCCUCGCUCGGCCGCGACUCGCUCCAAGCCAGGUUCGCCCAAACUGGGAAACGCCGGAUGGUAGGGACUCUUGGCUGACCCAUGCACCUCUGCUGCCUUUGAUGCUUGCGGUCUCUAGAGCCACAAAACUCCUUCGAUGCCCUCCCAUCUGAUUAUGCCCGUUCUCCUCUGCUCCCUCCUCCAUCAACCAACAGCACUUUGAAAAGACGGCUCCGGUUCCAGGCCUCUUUUGUUGCAGAUAGCUUUUGUCUGCGUCCUUUCUUUGACACUUUCGUCUUCACACUCGCUACUUGGCCUCGGCCUACUUACAGUCUUUUUACUUACAAAACAACCACCUUCAUUUACACCGGCAAGAUGUAUUCCAUUACCACCGUCCCGGGCCCUGCCCUGCCCACUCACACCGCUGUGCCUGGCCACAACGCUAUGCUGCUCAACGGCUACUGGGGCCAGUAUGGAUCUGACGAUCUCUACGACCUGAAGAGACAGUGUGACACUGGUAUCGACUUCGUCACCGUCUCUUUCGUCAACGUUUCUCCUGAGCACGGUGGCGGUUGGCCCGGAACCAACUUCGCCGGCCACUGCCCCUACGGUUACCGUAUUAACCUCCCCAACGGUCAAGAGUCUCAGCUCUGGACUGCAUGCAACUUCGAGGAGGAUCUGUCCUACUGCCAGCAGCGUGGUGUCAAGGUUCUCCUUGCCAUUGGUGGCGACUCUAACACCUACGAUGUUUCUACUGUUGAAAACGGUGAAUUCUUCGCCGACUUCCUCUGGGGUGCUUUUGGCCCUUACGAUCCGGCCUGGGAGGCAAAGGACCUCCCUCGUCCCUGGGAUACUAACAACAACGUCCACUUUGCUGUCGACGGUUUCCACUUUGAUGUCGAGUCCCGUUCCGACUACAACGACGAUGCUUGGACCGCCAUGCUCCGCCGCCUCCGCAAGCUUGGUGGUGACAAGCUUCACCUUUCUGCUGCCCCCGAAUGCCCUACCUUUACUAGAACGGAUUUCCACAACUUUCGCAAGACCAUCAAGGAGGCUAGCCUCGAUGCCCUCUUUGUCCAGUUCUACAACAACCCUGCUUGCUCUCUCAACACUGGAGAGAUCAACUUCGACGACUGGGUUAAGAUUCUCCACGAGUCUGACCACAACAAGGACGCCAAGAUCUUCAUUGGCCUCCCUGCCAGUUCCACCUCUACCUAUGAUCCCGUGUACUUCAAUGAUGACUUUGACAGAAUCCAGGAGCUCGCCUGCAAGUACCGCGAUAACGCGAACUUUGGUGGUCUCUCUCUGUGGGAGCUUGGCCGCUCUACUCUUCAGGGCAAGCGUUACAAGGGUGUUUCCAGCGAUGACAUGACCUUCCACCAGAGAGUCUCUGAGAUUCUUCAGCGCUGCCCUGGCGAUCCCGUCACCCCUACCAGCAGCAGCAGCGCCAUUGUCUCUUCCACCACUGUCAGCAGCAGCAGCGUCGCCAGCUCCACCAGCGUUUCUACCUCUGCUGCCGUUAGCUCCACUUCCGCUGCUCAGUCUUCUUCUGCUGCUCAGUCUUCUUCCGCCGCUCAGUCUUCUUCUGCUGCUCAGUCUUCUUCUGCUGCUCAGUCUUCUUCCGCUGUUGAGAGUUCUACCUCUGCUGUCCAGAGCUCUUCUUCUGCUGUUGUUAGCUCCACCUCUGCUGUUGUUAGCUCCUCUUCCGCCGUUCAGAGCUCCUCUGCCGUUGAGUCUUCUUCCGCCGUUCAGUCCAGCUCUGCUGUCGAGUCUUCUUCCGCUGUUCAGUCUUCUUCUGCCGCUCAGAGCACUUCUGCCGUCGAGUCUGCUACUCAGUCCAGCCAAGCUUCCAACUCUGGCAAGCCUACUGAUGUUUCCAGCUCCGCCGCCUCUGGCAGCAGCAAGCCUACUGGUGUUUCCAGCACUGCCGUCUCUGGCAGCAGCAAGCCCACUGGUGUCUCCAGCAGCUCUGUUGAGAUGACCACCAGCGUCGUCCACACAACCACGACAUACACCAUCACCAGCUGCAAGCCUACAGUUACCAACUGCCCUGUCGGCCACGUUACCACUGAGACUAUUCCUAUUUACACCACUGUCUGCCCCGUCUCUGAGGUCAAGCCUACUCCCAAGCCUUCCAGCUCGGUCGAGAUGAUCACCAGCGUCGUCCACACCACGACCACUUACACCAUCACCAGCUGCAAGCCCACCGUGACCAACUGCCCUGUUGGCCACGUCACCACCGAGACCAUCCCUCUGUACACCACCGUCUGCCCUGCUACCCAGCCUGGUGCCAAGACUACCGUCUCCGUCCCUGGCCCCAGCCAGAUCGAGACCCAGACUCGCCCUGUUGCUUCGCAGACUCCUGGUGCCCAGUGCCCCGGCCCCAACUGCCCCGGCCAGCAGCAGCCUCCUUCUGAGGGCUGCACUGGCGCCAACUGCCCUGGCAGCAACCCUGGCAGCAACCCUCCCUCUGAGGGCUGCACCGGCCCCGAGUGCCCCGGCGUUGCCGUUCCCACUGGUGUCGCCGUCCCUACUGGCGGUGUCACUCCCGGCAGCGGUGGUAACACUCCCGUCACCGCCGGUGCUUCUACCGUUGCGGUUGGCUUCGCUGGCUUGAUCGCCAUGGUUGCCGCUCAGGUCUUCGUCCUGUAAAUGGAGCGUUGAUAAAACUUUCAAGUGCUAUUUUCAUGGAUCGGCUGUCACGUAUACUUUUCUUUUUCUUUGCAGGCGGUGGAAAUAUUCUUUGGGCAAGCUAGCCCCCUCCUUUUCUUAACACUUUUUUCAAACUUCUUCUUCUAUUUAUUGGAUGCCAAAGUACCUGUAUACAAUAGUCGAACCUUGUCUGAUAGACGAAAUCUACAUGUACAUUAC